CUAUCAACAUAUAUUUAUAUAUAUACAUGUACUUCAAUGAACUUAGAACUAUAUCUUCAUUCCCUUCCAAGCUUAUAAACAAGACUUCAAUGGCUGUGGUGGAAUUGAAGGUAGGAAUGCACUGUGACAAGUGUAUCAAAUCUAUCAAGAGGGCCAUCAAAAAGAUUGAAGAUAUAGAAACAUAUAGGCUUGACACAGAGGUGAACAAGGUCACAGUGACAGGGAAUGUGACAACUGAGGAAGUAGUCAAAGUUCUUCAUAAGAUUGGAAAAACUGCAACAUCUUGGUCUGAAGAUUAAUCUUAAUUUAACCCUCUUUAUUUAUUUGAUUUAUUAUUUUUAUUAGUUAGUAAUAGAAGUAUAUCUUGAUGAUACUCAUGAUUUAAUUUGAAUAAAAUUUUGUAUCAUUUUUUUAUUUUUCUCUUCUUUUUUAUUCUUUUCUAGAAAAUAGCAUAGUUUUCAUCCACCAUGUAUUUUUUUUAAGAAAUCUACCAUAUUCUUGC